AUGCUGCAGCACAUCUGGGUGUCAGCGAUGGAGAGACUGCGGUGUCAAUCACAAACCCGGCGGAGCGAGUCCGUCUCCACACGGCGGCCGCUCAGGGACCGUGGCGCUCUGUGUGGGGCCACUGUCGACAAGAAUCCCAAACCUCGGAGCCAGAGUCGGACUCAAAAUGGCCGCCGCGCGACAAACGUCCACGACUCGGUGAUUAAUGACACCGCGGCUCUCCCCAUCGCAUUCUGUUACUGUCACAGCUAA